AUGGUAUUCGAUGUUGGACUGGCCAAAUCAAGAUACAAGGAGUGCGCCAGUGGCGAAGUGAGCGUCCGGCUCUCUCCCUGCGGUUGGUGCUGGCUGGUGGCGGGCAGACGCGUGGUGGCGUGGCCGCGCGAGCCCGCCGCCGGCGCCGCGCCUGCUUCACCCGCGCCCGCGCCGCCCGCGCAGGCUAGGGAGCUUACCUUGCCGCAGACCGACCUGGCGCAUAAGGCGGAUUUAGUGGAGCUGUUCUAUGAGGAUGGAGCACAGAUGCCGUCGUGCGUGGGCGUGUCGCCGGAGGGCGUGGUGCGCUACUGGUGGUCGGUGGGGCACGCCAGCGCCAUGGCCGACGUCAGCUGCGAGCUGGGCGGCCAGGAGUGCGAGCGCCUGCUGCGCGCCGGCGGCCGCCUGCUGCUCGCCACCACCACCUGCUCCGUCGUGCUGCUGCAGCCGCGCCGCCACGGUGCGUAG